AUGUCUGACUUCAACACCGUUGCUACCGAGUUCUGCAAGUUCUACUACGAAAAGUUCGACAGUGACAGAUCCCAAUUGGGUAACCUCUACAGAGAGCAGUCGAUGUUGACCUUCGAGACCUCCCAGGUUCAAGGCACCAAGGACAUCGUGGAAAAGUUGGCCGGCUUGCCCUUCGCCAAGGUCGCACACAGAAUCUCCACCUUGGACGCCCAGCCAGCAUCUCCUCAGGGUGACAUCUUGGUGAUGGUCACUGGUGAGUUGAUGAUUGACGACGAGCAGAACGCCCAGCGUUACUCGCAGGUGUUCCACUUGAUUCCAGACGGAAACUCGUACUACGUGUUCAACGACAUCUUCAGAUUGAACUACUCGUAA